AUGGCCUCAAACGUGGGCAUGUACAUCGGUGCACAGCAUAACCUCUGGCUGGACGAGGCAGCUCCCACUGCUCAGGAUGCAACGACCCCAAAUGGCCUGCAGCCUGGGGAGGUCACUAUCGUCAAAUUGACAGGAAUCUGCGAUGGUUGUAGUUCUGACGUUCACUUCUGGAAGCAUGGCGGUAUUGGACCCUGGCAAGUGACCAACCCAUACCUUCUGGGCCACGAACCUGCAGACAUGGUAAUUGCCGUGCAUCUGAGCGUCACGAAGCUCGCCGUGGGCGACCACGUGGCUGUCGAGCCGUAUAUCACUUGCGGUGCUUGCGAGCCUUGCCUCAUCGGCCGCUAUAAUGACUGCAAGAACUUGAUCUUCCGCUCGAGUCCUCCUUCUCACGGUCUCAUGCGCCGAUAUGUCAACCAACCUGCCACUUGGUGUCAUAAGAUUUGCAGCCUUUCAUUCGAUCAGGGCGCGUUGCUCGAGCUGCAGAGUGUGGCGCUGACAGCCGUGACUCGCUCUGAGGUGAAGAUUGGAGGUCCAGUACUGAUCUGUGGAUGCCGGACCAAUCGGUCUAAUUACCUUACAUGUCUGUCAAGCGGCGGGAGCAUAUCAUAUUGUUAUUACGGACAUUGA